AUGAACGCCCUUCAGCAGAAGUGCCGGCCCAAGCACCAGGUCUUGGUCCUCAAGUGCUAUCCUCGAACCAUUAAGGGCGCCGUCGAUGUGAAGCCUAAUUCGAGCGAGCUGAGCUACCUCCUGUUCUACUGCCAGUCGCGCCGCGCAAAAAUCCAGAAAGUUGGCAGCUUCCUCGAGAAAAAGACUGCCAGUGAUGUCUACCACCAGAGGAUAGGUAACGUCCAGGUUACCCUUCAGAUCCUCGCUGCCCUGAUCGAAAAGUCUCCCAAGGACCUCCCCCUGUUCGCAUCAUGUGUCCUCAGCAUCCUCGAGCAGGUCCUCAAGUCGAGCGACAUCACCAUGGUCGAGUCUUCGAUCCCGACCUUCCAGGCCUUCUGCGAGAACCAUGACCCUACCUCGCUCGCCGCCGACCAGGCCUAUUUCCGCCAAUAUGUCUCUGUCGUCCAGCAGUACGCCUCUCUUGCCUCGACACGUCCUGCGCCUGGAAAGGCACAGCAUAGUAAGCCUAUCGCUCUGCGGUGGAGGAAUGCCGGUUUGGAGGCCAUUAGGAGUGUCGCCUCUUCCGACGCCCUAUCUUCCAUGGUUGCCCGCCAGUACGAUAUCCUUGUCCCCAUGAUUCUGGAAAACCUAUGGACGGAAAACGAAGACUUUCUCGACGUCUUGCUGCAGAGAGUCCAAGGGGACAACAAUGUCGAGGAUGCGCCGCUGUUGCGGAGGAGGACGAGCAAUGCCACGGCCCAGCCAUCUGAGACGACCGGCGGUGAGCCUGGCCCCAACCCCAUCGCUUUCCUGGGAACCGCGGUGGAUGUCGACAAGCUGGCGGAGGAAGAUAUUGGCGUCUUGGCCAUGCAGUGCUUGCGACAGGUCUUUGUUGCGCCCAGCCGAUCUCAGACGCAUAACCCUACCAUUGCUCUGCUCAGGUUCAUCGAGGAGCGAGUGGACCAGAACGAACAGGUCGUCAAGAGGGAUGCUCACGGGAAGGACAAUGGGUGGGCGAUCAAGGUAUUUUUGAUGGCGGCUCGGUGGGCGCCGGUCGCGGACAGAUUCACCAUUCUCCUCACAGCCAUUGAGGUGCUUACGCAACGACCCCUAACCGACGAAAACCUGCGACACCACAACAUCCAGGCGGCUAUGAUUAGCGCUCUCUUGCGCUCGGAUGUCAACCUGAUCGGCUUGAGCGUCAUGGACGUCCUUCUCAACCUCCUUGGCCAUAUGCAGAGGCUUGUUCAGAUGCCAGGGGACCCGGAUAGUAUGAGGGUCGAGGACGAGACAAUCGGCACCGAUGAAGGGGCUAUAGGACAGCGCAGAGAGUUGUUGUUCAGGCUGCAACAGUGUAUUGGCGACUUGGCCACUCACGUUUACUACGCCGACCAGAUCUCGGACAUGAUCCAGACGAUUCUCCUUAAGCUACGGCCAUCCAGGCCGACCAGCCCCCCGAACUCCUCGCCAAACGGAGAGAGGUCGGAGAACGGAGCCGCUGAGGACCAACCCCUCGAAUCUCUUUUCGCUCUUACUGUCGCCAAGAUUGCGGCGCUUAAGGCUAUCAAGGCGAUUCUUUGGGUUGCCAAUCCCCGCACAAAGAUGAGCGGCGGCCACAUCAACCUCUCCAGGAAUCGUGUCCCCAUCCAGACCUGGGAUGGUACCCAAUGGCUUCUGCGGGAUCCUGAUGGCCUUGUACGCAAGGCAUAUGUAGAUGCUGUUGUGACUUGGUUAGAUCGGGAGACCACACCAGCAGAUUCCCUAGCGAGGGACGAGUCUGCCAGGACAACGCUGAAGAACCGGGCUGCGCAGGAAAACAAUCUGGCUCGCCGGGUCGUCUCAAGCGCAUCUGCCCGGGUGGACAAGUCGGCAAAUGCACCACGCUCGCAUUUCUUGCAGCUCCUCCACCUUGCUAUCUACGACCAUGCUUUGCAGUUUGUUGACUACGAGAAUGAUCUGGUGCUGCUCCACGUACUCUUGGCCAAGCUCGUGAGUCAGCUCGGUGUCAAUGCUGCCAAGUUUGGUAUUCCCAUGAUCUUCAGACUCCAAGAGGAUAUCCAAGAUGUUGAGACGCCCCUUGGAAAGGUCCGCAUUGGCAGCUUGGUACAUGGUUACCUCUGGACUCUGACCGAGAAGUUUGACUGCGAAGGAACUGCUCCCGGGAGCGCCAUCCACGGCGAGAUUAUCAGGCGCCGUAGCAAGAACUUUUGGGUCGAGGGUAUCAACAUCCCCGCUCCUGCCGUUGAUCUCGUAGGCACACCGGGUCAGGCACGCCCCCCACCACAGAUGAACAUGCGGGAUCUCGAGUCCGAGGCGCUUUUGCCGUUCGAUGAGCGCGCAUCCCUGGUAGACUGCAUCUGCACAGGCUAUCAGGAACUGGCAACCUCCCCUCCUACAAGCCCGACCACUAGUCCCGGUCGGAACUUCACCCACCCGAUGCUCGGGUCGACGUUGAGCGCGACCCCCAAGGACGAGACUCAGCGGGAAGUCCCAGCACAAUUUCGCGAGCUGAUGCUCGGUGACUGGACACGCGAAGCAGUGCUCGCCAACACGCAAGCCGGCAGCAGCCAGACCGCCUCGCUCAACGGCACAAACGGUACUCACCGCAACACUGUCAACAACAACAACCGCCUCGGCGUAAACGGCGUGACCUCACCAAACGGCAGCAACUCCAACCUCCGCCCUUCGUCUUCCCCAACAGGCCCCAACGGCGUCCAAGCCGGCAGGACGCGCAAGACCAGCAUCCGCAGCAACGGCGGCGGCUCACCCGCCCACUCUACCUACAGGGCUAAGGCCCAACAACCAGUCACGUCCGUGGAGCAGCUCAAGGCCGUUCUGUCAGGCCACCUCCAACCCCCGCCAACCUCGCACGGCAUCGGAUUCCAGCACUCUGAUGAUAGCGACGAUAGCCUCGUCAGCUAUGACAUGGCGCCUAGCGAGCUGUCGUUCAACCCAGCCGCCUCUGGCAGCAGGCAGGGCUCACCCGGUAAUACCAGUCAGGCCGCUUCCAGCCCGCCACGCCGCACAUCCCAGGAUCGGACUCAGCAGCUGAAGUUCGGAGGGCCGCUCGUUCCGGGAGAGGAGAGCGCCGUCAACGGUGCUGGUGGUCAAGAAGGAUCCAACGGCGCCGCAGGUAACCUCGGCGUCCCCAUCUCGCGAACUACUUCCCGCACUCAACAACCCCAGGCUACUACUGCGCACACCACCCUUCCGAGGCCAUCAACUUCCUCCAAGAGAAGCAUCAAGAGCCGGGCGGGCUCUCGCGCGGGACCAAUGUCCUCGUCCUGGCUGGGAGAGAAGCCUCCCGCUAUGGACCUGGCGGCUUUGUUGAAGGGAAUUGAUAGUGCUUCGAUUAGCGAUAUCAAGAGUUUGGGGGCAGGGGGAAAGCCUCCUUACUAAACCGAUCAAGAGGAAAGAGGAGUGAGGGAAGCUGAUGAUGGGUGGUGUUGAAUCUGGGAAGGGAAAGG